AUGGCCAACUCCAAGUGGGAAUAUGUGAAGCAGUUUGAGCGGCCAGACCAGCUCCUGCCAAACACAUGGAUUGUGGUCAGGAUUGAUGGCCGUGGCUUCACAAAGUUUGCAAACAAGUACGCUUUCGAGAAGCCCAACGAUAAAAGAGCAUUGGACCUCAUGAAUGAAGCUGCAAAGCUUGUCAUGACAGAGCUACCCGAGUUGAUCAUUGCAUAUGGGAUCAGUGAUGAGUACAGCUUCGUCUUCCACAAGACUUGCAAGCUGUUUGAGAGAAGGGAGAGCAAAUUGGUGACAACCAUUGUCUCGACAUUUACUUCCUACUACAUCUUUCUCUGGUCCAAAUACUUUCCAGACAAACCUCUGUCGCCACCUCUUCCAAGCUUCGAUGGCAGAGUGGUGUGCUAUCCCUCCGUCUCGAACCUGCGCGACUAUAUGAGCUGGAGACAAGCAGACUGCCAUAUAAACAAUCUCUACAACACGACAUUUUGGGCCUUGAUCCUACAGGGUGGCAUGAACAAUCAACAGGCUGAGCAGGCUCUUCUGGGCACGGUUUCAAGUGAGAAGAAUGAGCUUCUGUUCUCCAAGUUCGGUAUCAACUACAACAAUGAGCCAGAGAUAUAUAAAAAGGGCAGCGUCAUUUUCAGAGAUUAUGAACUUGUCGAGCCGGGGAGCCACAAUGUAGCUGAAGAGGCAGAUAACCUGGGUGAGCCGGUUGAGCAAUCCAAGACUCAAUUGGAGAAAGAGAAGAAGAAGCGCGCGAAGGCCAAGGUGGUGAUAGCAUAUCUGGACAUCAUCAAAGAUGAGUUCUGGGACAAACGACCGUGGAUAUUGUCGGGGAAGCCAGGUAGAAUCCCCAAAGAAGUAUGA